GUCAAAUUUUGCAUAAAUUUAGCACUAUGAAACCAAAUUUUAGCACUAAAUAACCUCAAGUAUCUUAAUCGACGAGAGAUUAUGAGUCAUCAACAAGAAACAAAUAGGGGAUUAUAAGGUCAAGAAAAUGAUGGUCUAUAUACAGAACCAUUUGUGGCGAAAUUCAAGCAUGUGGAUAAUGAGUGCAAUAUGAUUAGAUGAGGUCUUCAGUAUAAGUCUCGACUAUGGAUGAAAUCGAUUCCAGGAGAACAUUAUGGAUGUUAAGUCAAGACGAAGACCCAUGGUCCGAGAAGUCCGGGAAGGUAGAAUCACCAUCGUCUGACCCGAGUACAAGGUUACCUGUACCUGGAUCAAUAUCACCUCAUAGUUUGGUUUGCAGCACGUAUGCCGACAGUGGUUUCCCAUCAUUACAGUCAUCGCUGACGUCAUCAAUCGACUCCGGACACCCUUCGUCCUUACAAACAUCAGCUGUAUCACUAGACAGUUCUUUCUCAUGUUUUCAUCGUUCAUCGAGCUUCAGUCUCAGCUUUAGCGAGAAGCGUGCCGCCGAAUUAUCUGGCAGCAAUGUCGUAUCUCCCGACGAGGGCUAUGAUGACGUUGAUUCGGGACAAGAAUUGUAUGCUAUUAAUACAUUAGAUCGUACGGAACACCAUACAUUAGAUCGUACAGAACACGGCAACACUGCGUUAACUACUUGUGUAUCGUGCAGUAAGCAAAGUUACUAUGACACUAAUGAUAAUGUGGAGUAUAUCUCAGGAAUCCACAGCUACCCUAGACACAAUAUUCAACCUGCUGUAACCAUAGGUCAGAUUCAUACAUGGAAACCAGCUCAACUUGCGGCUUUAUUGAAAACAGGAUUAGAAAAGUACUUACUGAUAGAUAGCCGUUCAUUUCUGGAGUACAACGACAGUCAUAUUCAACAGUCAACAAAUGUUUGCUGCUCUAAGCUGGUGAAACGGCGUCUUCAAAGAGAUAAGAUUCACAUUAAAGAUUUCCUCAUGCAGACGUGUCAUAUCGACAUUGAGGAGUUUAUGGACGUGGUUGUAUACGACCAAUGCACGGAGGAUCGUGAACGACUGUCAGACGACAGUUUUCUCUCAGUCUUACUUGACAAACUCUCAUCUACUUUUAAAUCGGUUGCGCUUCUAAAAGGAGGAUUUCUGGCUUUUCAAGCCAUGUAUCCGUCCCUUUGUGAGAGUAAGACCAACAACUACAGAUGUGCUGCACUGACCUCCCUAUCUCAGCCAUGUCUACCAGUGAGCAAUGUUGGGCCAACAAGAAUUCUCCCAUUCUUAUACCUGGGCUCACAACAGGAUGCUCUCUCAGAGGACAUUGUAAAGGUAAACGAGAUAACAUACAUCCUGAAUGUGAGCACAACAUGCAUCAAACCAGCCAAUAUAUCAGAUGGUCAUUUUUUGCGCAUUCCAGUAAACGACAACUAUAGUGCCAAACUUACACCGCAUUUUGAACAGGCAUUCCAGUUUCUAGAUAAAGUACGAGAAGCUAAUGGUUGUUGUUUGGUGCACUGUUUGGCAGGGAUUUCUCGAUCACCUACAUUGGCGAUAGCCUACAUCAUGAAACAUUUGAACAUGUCCUCCGAUGACGCUUAUAGAUAUAUAAAAGAAAAACAAACCCAAAACGUUUUCUCCGAAUUCAACUUUCUUGGACAGUUGCUGGAGUUUGAAAAACACCUUAAACAGGAGAAAGGUGCAAUAGAUAUGAACAACAUUGAUAAUGUCAAUAAAGAUAAGGGUGAUACAAGAAGUAUUGACUUUAAUAACACGAGGAACUCUAUGACCAUGUCCUGUCCGAGUAUUUCAUGGAAACAAACACCGUUACUAUUAAGUCCCCAAACAGCUGUCUCAAGGAAAAAAAUGGAUUUUCAAAGUACUAAAAUACAAAAUUCUCAGGGUUUAUCAAUGCACGGUGAAGUUUGUAAAUUUGUUCGACCAGAUGACGAUUCUGAACAGCGUACUGGAAAAGAAAAAUUCAAACAUGAAAAUUUACCAUUAACUAAAUCUCCAGUGAAACAUUUUUUCAAAAAGGAUAGUUUGAAGUUGACUCAAGGAUUUUGGGGGUUGAGCAAACUCAGGGGCGAUUUUGAGGCGUCAGAGACGCCAUCUCCGAUUGUGAACUUACAACCAAACGAGUAUAUAUACUCUACCUCAUUCACUAACACACACAAUGCACCACCAUUGCUGUCGCCAUUUCCUUGUGGCGAGACAACAAUACCGGUGCAUUCUACGACAGAGGACCAGAACUAUGUACCUUAUUCAGGGAAUAUACAAAGACAAACAACUUGCACAACAAUCACUGAGAAUUCGAGAGUUGUGACGUCCGAUGAACCAAAACAUUUCCAAGUUAUUUCUAGUCUCUCUGAAUCUAAACCAAUGACCGACCCUUUGACUUGUUUGACCUCUGACACACCAAGUGCCACUGAACCCUUUUCUCUCUCAGGACCAUUUUUGAAAGCAGGUGGUAAAAGACCGUUACGUAGUUCUUUGUCAUUGUCUCUAUCGCCUGUAGACGAAACAAUCAGGGACAUUUUAAAGUUUGGUUUCAAGUCUUUCAAUGAAAAUUUAGAGAAACUAAGUAGCUUUCCUUCUACCUCUCUUGAUAAACUAAACUUUACCCCAUGUCUGUCAAGUUCAAAUGAAAAUUUACAUUCAACUUCAACUUCUCCCAGAUCAAGUGGUUUGAAAAGACCGUUGAAUAACGAUAUAUUUGACAUGAAUGAAAGUACUUCAACUCUUUCACAAGGAUCCCAAGGCAGUUGUAAUAGUUCAGCACUUAAUACAUCAGCAUCAUCAGUAACAAAUAACCAACCAGUGGUGGUAGUUAAAAAACGUGAAGGACGUGCAAAAAGGCCCAUGGUACGGCCAAACAGUAUUGCUUUUUCAACGUAUCCAACUUUUGACCUUGGUUCAGAUUGCCAAGGCUCUCCAAAUUCUGCAAGCAGUUCAGCAUCUCAGGACGACACAUCAGAACUGUACGCACAAAACGGUAGAAAAUCAAAGCACUCUGAGUACAUGGCCGACGUUAGGUUUCGUCUUGGCCGUUACUCUGAGCGAGAAGUUUACAGACAAAUAACUGCUGCUAUGGAAGCUGCGAUGAUGAAAUCUCAAUCAUUUGAUGCAAGUCGUAAAUCACGUAGCUUAGAUGAUAUACUUAGUUCCGAGGACGAUAGCUCGGCCCCGAAUUGUGAGUUUUCGCAUUUUGACCGUGUUUUACGUCGUUGUGGUUUGAAUCGUGAUAGAUUUGCUUCCCCACCUCUGUUAGAAAAACUUGCAUGUGUGUCCGAUAUUUCUGAGCACUAUCAAUCAAACAGCAGUCUAUCUUCCACAAGUAGUCACACUUCUGUACACGGUAGUGUGGAGCUCAUUCAAGUUUCUUGACACAUGUUUGUAAAAUGUUUCGUAACUUUGGUCUGUAUAUAGUGAUAAUUUAACGUCUGUGCAAUUUGAUAAGUAGCAAAAUUGUUUUGCUAGAAAUUUACCAUUUGAGAAUUUAUGUCAUGUGUUUAAAACAUUUUACGCUUAAAUAGGCUGCUGUUUGUCUUAAAGUUUCCAUUUUGAGUUUUGUUAUUGUUUUUGUUUGUUAUAUUUUACUAUGUUACUUUGAGAUGUUGUGCCUUAAAUAGGAAGAUUUCAUUCAUGUCUGCAAAUAGAAAGCAUGUUUUUAUUUUGAUGCACUUACAUAUGCAUUAUUUUUUUAUAUAUUUUUUUUGUGAAAUUGAAAAAAGAAGAAUUGACUUUUAUUUUUACGACAUUGGAGUUUAGAAUCCUAUCUUUAUUCAAGCUUUAGAUUUGCCCUGCCAGAAGUCAUUGUUUGUAAAUGACAGUUAAUAUUUACUUCUGUUUUUUACACUAUUUAUUAGCUCACCUGAGCUUGCUCAGGGUGAGCUUUUAGGAUCGGUGAAUGUCCGUCGUCCGUCGUCCGUCCGGCCGUCCACAAUUGCUUGUGAACACUCUAGCGGUCGCAUUUUUGCCUCAAUCAUCAUCAAACUUGGUCAGGAUGCUUAUCUAGUUGAAAGCUCGGAUGAGUUCGAACAUGGGUCAUCUCGGAUGAAAAACUAGGUCACAAGAGCUAAAAAUAGAAAAACCUUGUGAACACUCUAGAGGUCACAUUUUUGACCCAAUCAUCAUCAAACUUGGUCAGGAUGUUUGUCUAGGUGAUAGCUCGGAUGAGUUCGAACA